UCGCACUUUGACACACUAACACACCCGCCCCUCCCUCCCUCCCUCCUCGGCCUGGGGUCAUACUGUCAUUUUAUGAUUGUAGCCAAUUCUAGCAGGGAUCAUUUAAUUCUCCAACAUGAUUGAUACCAGCGCAGGUUAAAUGGGAGAAAAAAGGUCCAUUCUAUUAAGAGAUCAGCGGCUAGUGGAGACCUCCCACUUAAAUAGUCAUAUUUUCCCAUAGGUGUGUGUGUGUGUCACUCAGUUUCUUGGGACGGAGACAGUCGCAACGGGAUCCAUCCACAGGUCAAAUUAAAUAACCCAGAUAAUUUAAAAAGCAAUGACAGCACAAUUUGUCCAUUGGGUGUUAUUGCCGUGACCCCUAUUAGUGUCAAUGGGCUGCUUCGUUUGAACCUCGAUGGCUUUAUCAAGGUGUUAUCGUCUCGCCGGUGUACAACAAAGAAAGAAAACGCUCAUUCCAAAGCCAUUAGAAUUUCUUUUGAUUAACAGGCAGAGGCCCAAGGGGACCUUGGACUUUGCCUGAAACAACUCCAUGGAUCUGAGCACAGAGCCCGGGACACUCCCCACCCACACCACCGUAGGUCGACCGGAGCCGUCACCGCCCAGCAGCGCUCGCUGUCAGACAGAAAGCGGAGGCACCAUCUUACUGCAGCUGUUGGAGUUUAAAACCCGUCUGCUGGAGGUUGUGGAGGAGCUGCACAUACGGAGGGAUGCAGAGACACGCUUUGAGGAUCAGAUCAGCACGCUGGUGUUGGAGAAACAGGAGCUGGAGUGGGAGAAGGAAUCCCUUCAACAUCAAGCUGAAACGAUGUCAAAGCAGCACACAGAGUCGCUCACCAGCGUGAAGAAGCAGUUUCAGGCCAAAAUAAGAAACAUCGAGGAGGAGAAGGGGAAAUACCAGGUCAGCGCUGAGCUAAAAGACAAGGAGAUUAACAACUUGAAAGAAGAGCUGAAGGCACUACAGUUGCUGAAGUACAACUUGGAGAAGAAAUCAAGCGAGCUGGAACAGAAACUGGCGUUGCAGAGCAGGUCAAAGGACAGCCACUUGAACCAGCUGGGGGAGGUCGAGAAACGUUUCGGCGCUCUGUCGAGGCAGUGCGCCGCGGUCAAGCAGGCUCACGAGAAACUGGAGCAGAAUGUUGACGAGGCCAUUAAAAGAAAUACGAAACUGACUUCUGCAAAUGGAAAACAGGAAGCAGCUCUCGUGUCGCUAAAGAAGGAGCUGGAGGAGGUCAGUAACAAGCUGAUCAAGGCCAAGAUGUCAUCAGUGAGCCGUGACAAGACUCACAGUCCUGCAGGCGGAGAGCAGCGUGUGCAGCAGCUGCAGCACAAACUCAGCGUGGAGACUGAAAUGAACAAGAAACUGAGGGAGGAAAAUGUGUCUAUAAGAGCUGAGAAGCAGGAGGUGAUGAGGUCUCUGCAGCACACCCAGCAGCUGCUGUUGAGUCAGACACAAACAGUAAGCAGAGCAGAGCUGGAGCUGCAGACACAAAGAGAGCAGCAUGAGGCCCUUAAGCAGGAACACGAAGCGAUGCGAGAGAAGAGCACGGCAACGGAAGACAAGGUGGCCCAACUGAUGGAGAGCUACGCCGCCUCCAAGACCAGCUGGGACAAAGAGAAAGCAGAGUUUCUGGGUCACAUCAGGAGCGUGCAGCACGACCUCCGAGCUGUGAGCGAGGCUCACGACGAGCUUCAUCACAAACACACCAAACUGUCCUCGCAGGCCGAGGUGCAGACUCAGCAUACACAUGAACAGGAGGUACAGACGAGAGACGGCGUUUCCGCCCGACUCGUCCCGGCUUUAUUGGAAGAAAUCAGAGAAGAGGAAACUCUUAACGAACCCGUCUCCAGCUCCCAGCCACCUGGCUUCGACGACGGUCUGCGGCGCUUGGCCUCCGCUCAGACCGAAAAGCCAGACCGUCUUGAGGACGCGGGAGCUGCGACUAAACUGGUUGCAACCGGAUCAACUGGAGGACGAGACACCUCAGACCACCGUCAACAGUCUCAGUUUAAACAUCCCGUAAACCCUUCAAACGUGUUACCCUCCACCUGUACUGACAGCAGCCGUCACAGACUCUGUGCUCUCUCCAGAACCACAGGCAACAAGCAGAUCAUCAACUCUAACAUGAGUCAGAAUGAUCCUGAUGUAGCUCCACGUUUAAUCCACGCUGCUUCCUCUGUGUGCGACGACAGUUUGCCGAUUAGCAAAGGUAGCUGUGUGACUGACGCCUCUUCAUCGAGCCCUGGCCACAGAUCUGUGGGUGGAUCUGUAGAGAGCAAAGAAAAGAAAGACGAUAUGAAACGAGGAGAAAACGAAAGAGAAGAAGAAGAAAUGAACGUCCGUGGAGAAGAUGCGAAGGAGGGAGAAAGCGCCCAAACAACAGAUAGAGCAGACAGACGAGAGGAUGCAGGGGACACGAAAGAGCCUGGAACAGAAACAAAAGAUAGAGCGGAGAGGCCACACACGCCAGAAACACAGAUAUCAGCCCAGACGACUGCUGAUACGGCUACCAAGAAGAGCAGCACACAGCCGGUCAUUGACUUCAUGGACGCUGAUUCACCGCUGACUGUCUGCGAGCCAUCGGACUGCUCACAGAGUCUCUCUGAGAGAGUCUGCGAGAAGGUUUCUGACUGCAACCAUGUGAACGAAGUGAAUACCUUCUGUUCUGGUGAGCGGCAAAGUGUCUGUCAAACGUUUGAGUUUCAUCAAGAGAAAAGGUCUGACACGUCAGCCGCCAACAUCCCCACUGAACUUUCUGAACCUCUGAAUCAGUCAAGUAUUCGUAGCUCACAGACAGAUACCGCUGCUCAGUCAGAUAACGUCGUUACGAUUCAAGAGUUAGAGACAAAAAUAACACGAACACAACCGAGUAAUCCUUCUGAGCAUGAACCACAAGCAUCGCCUCAAAGUCCGGAGAUCUCGGAGCUGGAACCUGACGCCACGAUGGAUACUGUGCACCUUGAAUCUAAGGUUGAGACCGGCAGCUGUCAGGAGCACGUGAUGAAAGAAGACAAAGUAGAAGAUGCACAGACGAUUCAAACCGAUGUCCGUCCAAGUAACAAGAAAGAUGCACCAACAGAGGCCGGCAGCACAAAAUGUCACAAGCAGUGCCAGGUGAAGGAAAUGCUUCACGGAGAUACUAACGAGUCGUCUCCGCCCGGCAGUAAGACCUUCAGAUCGUCAUUUGACUGGGCCACAGUACCAACGAUAUCUGAGCAACAUCUGAGCGCUCCUUCCAGUGCAAUACCCUCGUUCCUCAAAAGGAAGCACAACAAAGUCCCCUCGGUGAUUAGCAGAGCGUCGGAUCUGUUGAACGCUUCCUCCAGGAGACACCGGCAGCAGGGAGAGCAGACGGCGACGGCAGCAGCAGAUGUGGAGAGCAGAACUUCUCCGUCCGUCAGCUCCUUCCCGGUCUCCACGUCGUCCUCCGUCACAGUCAGCAGAUUGUCAUGGCAGACCACCGCAGGGUGUAGCAGGGCUCUGAGUUCAGAGUCAGACUGGGAACCUUCCUUCUCCCAGGAGAGGGAAGAGGAACAGUCAUCGUUCAGAGCUCAGAUCUCCAAAAUCGAACAGUUCCUCAACAUGGAGAAGCUCCGUCUGCCCAAAAGACCAAGAACUGACGACUAAACCAACAACAAACAAAAGUCUUCUUCUGUAGCUACAGGUGGUGCAGAAAUGUUCUGAUUAAUGACUCAACUUAAAGGUCCAGUGUGUCACUUUUAGAUUUAGACACCGUCGGUCCUCCAGUCGACCAUGUUCACUGUUGUUUUUACGGUAAAAAAAAGUGUCAGCUGUGGUUGCCAGAAUUUAACUGGUAUAACAUUUUGUAAUAUUACGGUAAAAGAUGUUAAUACUGUCGAUUUCACGUUUAACGUAGGUGAAAAACUGCCAAACCAUGACAGUAAAAGAAUGUGUCAUGAAAUAUUUCAAAACCUUUGUUUAAUACGCAUUUAUACAGAAUAAAGUUAGAGAUUGUUAAUUGUAAGGUACAACACAUAUGUAAUAUUUAAUGACAUAUUUUACUGUCAUGGCACAGACAUGUUUCUACUGUAGCCCCAAAUGGUUUUUCCACAGGCCACUGUAGUCAUGUUAUAAAAGGGGCAAGGGGAGGCAAGGGAUGUUCAGUUGGUUGCAGUCCUUUAGUAGAUUCCCUUCUGGUUCUAUUUCACUGGGCUUUGUUUGCAGAGUUUAGGAGCUUAAACUUUGAGAAGUUGUGCAAGGGUUUCAUUGGUUUCUUCACUGGAAGUUGAUAUAUAUAUCAUUAUUCUGUGUUCUGAAGGUUUUAUUUGAACAUACAGUUGUGCAUUUGUGUGUGUUGAACUGUACGGAUUACAACAAAUAAAAAACUUUUGACCUA